AUGUCUACGUAUGAUCUCGGAAUAAUAGGCGGAGGACCAGGAGGGUACGUCGCAGCUAUUAAAGCGGCGCAACUUGGCGGCACAGUCUGUCUGAUAGAAAAGGGAGAGUGGGGUGGCACCUGCCUGAAUCGAGGGUGUAUUCCAACGAAAACCCUUUUUGCAGUUGCCAACUUGGCGACACAGGUUCAAGAAGCAUCCGCUUUCGGUGUGAAUAUCAACGGCGAGGCAACAAUUGAUUACCCUCAGGUAUUGACUCACAAAACUUCGGUCAUCCAGCAGCUAAAAGGGGGCAUUGCGCAACUGCUGAAGGCAAACGGGGUUGAUACACUCAACGGAACAGCAACACUUACUGACAGAAAUACCAUUGUCGUCAGCAAACCUGAUGGUACAACCGAACAAUUACACGCAAAAAAUAUUAUCAUUGCCACAGGUUCCGAACCUGCGGAACCGCCUAUUUUUGAAAUAGACGAGAGCCAAGUUUUGACGACAACUGGUAUCCUUGAUCUCACAGAACUCCCUGAAAGCCUACUGAUCGUUGGCGGUGGCGUUUCAGGAUGUGAGUUUGCUUCCAUCUUCAAUGCACUCGGUUGCCGCGUGACUGUGUUGGAACUCCUCCCUACAAUUUUAGCGACUGAAGAUAUUCAAGUUAUCCGACAUAUCCAACUUUUCAUGAAGCGGAAAGGUAUCACUAUCCAUACUGGUGCGAAACUUACCCAUGUCAAAAAAUCAGAUGCGAGUGUCACAGCAGUGCUUGAAUCCGGUGAAGAGUUGAGCGCGCAAAAGAUGCUCGUCUCGAUUGGGAGGCGUUACAACACAGACGGGAUAGGUUUAGAAAAAGUUGGCGUUCGUACAGAGGAUGGGAAAAUCGUUGUGGAUGCCCGAAUGCAAACGAACAUUGCGGGUAUCUAUGCCGUUGGAGACGUCGCGAGUCGGUAUCUGCUGGCGCACGUUGCAUCGGCAGAGGGAAAGGUUGCGGCACAAAACUGUCUUGGGGACAGCGUUGAGAUGGAUUAUCAGGUUAUUCCGUGGUGUGUUUUCACCUUACCUGAAAUUGGGCACGUCGGCAUGACAGAAAAAGAGGCAACGGAUGAAGGUUACGAAGUGAAGAUAGGACGAUUUCCGUACGCCGCGAACGGGAAGGCAUUAGGGCUACGCGAGACGGACGGGUUUGUUAAAACCGUUUCUGAUGCCGAUAGCGGGGAUAUCCUUGGUGUUCAUAUCGUUGGCGUCCAUGCUUCAACGCUUAUUCAUGAAGCCGCUGUCGCGAUUCGCACGGGUGCGACUGCAAUGGAUAUAGCAGGGACCGUGCAUGCACAUCCAACCCUCGCAGAAAUGGUGAUGGAAUCCGCUGAAGCAGCGUACGAUAGAGCAAUCCACAGCUUACAUUAA